CCUAGCUCUCUGAAAUAUCUAAUGAUGGUUGGUUGGUUGCUUUGUUGAUCGGUUCGUUCGUUGGUCCGUUGGUUCGUUUGUUGAGGAGUUGGUCGGCCGGUUGUUCGUUAGUUCGGGCAUUCGUUCCCAGUCUUCUCUUACUAUGGAUUUUGUUAGUAUUUAUUACAACUUCAAUAAUCUAACUUUUACAAGAGGUUUUUUAAUUAUAGUGUGGUGAGAACCACAGACAUUUUGCAAUAGAUUUUUGCCGCUGGUAUUUUGCUUGGAAUCGAAAAAUGUGUUAAAGAACCUCACAGUUGGGUAAACAUCAAAAGGAAACAAUUCUGCCGGUAGAAUUAUAAUUAUUUCAAUCUGAGUUUAACCCACCGUUAUAUUAAUGAAAUCCAAUUUGGUUGCAUUUUUGGUCGAGAGAUUUAGUUCGGUUCUUUCUCCAUAGCCAUGUAUAAAGAGGAUUUUGCAGUCCUUUUUUAAAUUUUGUUGAAAUUAUGUAUUUCUGCUUGUUAAAAACUCCUGAAUGAAACUUAAGAUUAGUUCUGGAAUUUUGUUUUGGAUAUAAGUGUACCCCCAUUGGAUCGACUGUUUUAUUCAUUGUUCAUACAGAGCAGGUAGUCAGGAAAAUAAAAUAGAAAGUUUACUCGACCGUUAAAUACAAUAAUGAUAUAUUUCUAUGUUUUUGUCUGGGCGUUUUCCGCAAUGCAUUUCGGAAACGCGCCGUUCUUAUCUCAGAAUCCUUGUAACUUCGAACGCUUUGGUAAUAGAGUUGUUUUUUUCUGCAGAAAUCACGAAAUUUAAUUGAGGUGUAAUGAACUGGUGCUUCAGCGGUUUGGUGGAGCAAUGCGGUUCCACUGUGUUUACCUAACGGCGACCGUUAUCUUCAUUUUGCUCCACAUUAUCCUCCCAAAUGCAAAAACUGUGAAUGGAAAUCGGUUUGUUGUUAUCGAGGGCGAUAUGAUGGUGGACGAGUCGUUUGUCAACAAUACAAGCAAAAUCAGGAAACGUGGUGCUAUCUUGAGAAGAUUUAAAUCGCACAGUUUCUACUGGCCUGGAGCGAACUCGGAUCACAGAAGAAUUGUGCGAGUCCCAUACACCUUGGACACUGGAUUCUUCAGUAGUUUUUUUGGUACCGGAAAAGUUGUCAAGGCCUUUAAAAAAGCCGUAGACCAAUUUCACAAGAGGACAUGCAUCAGAUUUGAGAAGAAAACGCGCAAAGACACAGACUACGUAGAAAUUAUUCAGGGUUCAGGAUGUUGGUCUCAAAUCGGACGGCGCGGCGGCAAACAGCAAGUUUCUCUGGGCAAAGGAUGCGAGACAAGAGGGAGAGCUAUCCAUGAACUUAUGCACUCAAUUGGUUUUUUACACGAGCAGAGUCGACUGGACAGAGAUCAACACAUUAUUGUUUUAAGUGAAAACAUCCUAGAAGGUUAGUGAGUACAUUCUCUGAAUAAAUAUAAUAUCACAGGAGGGACAAUGAAAGUUCAUUUUGAACAGGCUAUUUCAACUUAGGCGGCAGUAUACUUGUGGCCGAGUGGUUGGGGCGCAUGAUUUGAAAUACGGAGUUCGCGGGUUCAAGUCCCGCUCUGACCACUAAGUUGGAGUUGUUUCUUGGUAGACCCUUGUUCAACUCCUCGGUCAUACUUGUAAAUAGCUGACUGGUCUGACUCCUGCAAAUUGGGAUUUUUAAGCCCAUAUAUUUUGUUUAAUUGAGA